AUGACCAAGCACGCUCUCGCCCUGGCCGCGGGCCUCGUGGCGGGCGUCAACGCCUUCUGGCGGAUGGAAUGUCCUGGCCGUGUUGGCCUUGCGCGGAUCGACCCCAUCGUGAAUCCGAACGACGUUUCGGGGCACGUUCACACCAUUCAUGGAUCCUCUGGCUUCUCCGCGACGUCGAGCACGGCGGACCUGGUCGCUGGUGAUUGCACAUCGUGUCGCGUCACCCAGGACAAAUCGUCGUACUGGCACCCUGCGCUCUACUUCCAGGAUGCCGCUACUGGCCAGUUCGAGCUCGUUGAGCAGGUUGGAGGCAUGCUUGCCUACUAUCUCCUCAACGGCCAAAACAUUACUGCCUUCCCGUCGGGGUUCCAAAUGAUCUCCGGUGACAACAUGCGGCGCAACUACACCGUCGGCGAUCCUUCCAAACCAGACCCUGGCAAGUCGCAAUGGCAGGCGUUAGGCCAAACCACCCAGGACGCCCUGUCCCAACGUGCUGUUGGCUUCAACUGUCUCAAUUACGCCGGGACCCCAGAGGCAACUCUCUUCCGCCACUUCCUGCCUGACAAGUCGUACCUUGACGCCAACUGCAUGAACGGCAUCCGUCUCGAGCUCAUGUUCCCCUCCUGCUGGAAGGGAGGAAACGCGCUCGACAGCCCCAACCACAAGGACCACGUCGCCUUCCCUGACCUGGUGAUCGAUGGCACGUGCCCUCCGGGAUUUCCCGUCCGUCUGCCGAGUCUUUUGUUUGAGGUGAUCUGGAAUACCUAUGCAUUCAAGAACAGGAAUGGCAAGUUCGUCUUUUCCAACACCGACACCACCGGUUUUGGCUAUCACGGAGACUUCCUCACCGGCUGGGACCCUGGAUUCCUCCAGAAGGCCAUCGAUACGUGCACCAACCCGUCCGGAAGAAUUGAGGAUUGCAAAGUGUUCAACGUCGUCGACCAGGGCACGGCCACGAGCUGCAAGAUGAAGGCGCCUCUCCCUCAAUCGCUGGCCGACGAAAAUGUCAAGGGCCCCAUGAAUAAGCUUCCGGGAGGCAUGACGGGCAAGAGCCCGGGACCCGUGGCCAACAUAGGACAACAGAAGGACGCCAACGCAGCUUCGCCGGCGGCAGCUACUCCAGCUCCAGCAGGCCAGACUCCAGCAGCAGGUCAAGCUCCAGCAGGUCAAGCUCCAGGUCAGGCUCCAGCAGGUCAAGCUCCAGGUCAGGCUCCAGCAGGUCAAGCUCCAGGUCAGGCUCCAGCAGGUCAAGCUCCAGGUCAGGCUCCAGCAGGUCAAGCUCCAGGUCAGGCUCCAGCAGGUCAAGCUCCAGGUCAGGCUCCAGCAGGUCAAGCUCCAGAUCAGGCUCCAGCAGAUCAAGCUCCAGCAGGUCAAGCUCCAGGCCAGGCUCCAGGCCAGGCUCCAGCAGGUCAAGCUCCAGGUCAGGCUCCAGCAGGUCAGGCUCCAGCAGGUCAAGCUCCAGGCCAGGCUCCAGCAGGCCAUCCAGACCCUGCAAAAAAAUCUCCCGCUUCACCUGAAUUAGCCGUAGAGCCAUCUGCAAAUAUGUUCUCGGAUGCUCUAGCGCGUCUAGGCGGCCAAAUCUUCAAGCAGCUGUCCUGGUUAUCACCAGACGAGGUGAUAAAGAAGCAAGAGGAAGAGAAGAAGGAGGAAGAUAAGAAAAAGGAAGAAAAGCCAGCGGACGAGGAGUCAGCGGACGAGGAGCCGGCGGACGAGGAGCCAGCGGAAGAACAGGAAGCCCCUCCAGCACCCAAACCCACGCCGCCACCAAAAGAGAAGCCGGCCGAUGGCAAGGAAAUCCUAAGCACUCAGUAUGUCACUAAUGGCAGUGUUGUCAACAAGAUUCUUUGGGUGGAGUCGUCCGUCACCAUCACUCAAGACGUGACGACAACCGUUACACCCAGCCCUGCUGCUCACCGACGACGGCGGCGCGAUGGCCAUCUGCACGCCCACAAGCACGGAAAGCGGUUUCGUCGUUGA